AUGCCGCUGCGGCAAGAGGCGCUGCUGGCAGCCAUAAGUGAGAAAGACGCCAACAUCGCCCUUCUGGAGCUCUCCUCAUCCAAGAAGAAGAAAACCCAGGAAGAAGUAGCAGCUCUGAAGAGGGAGAAGGACGGUCUGGUUCAUCAGCUCAAACAGCAGACUCAAAACCGGAUGAAGCUGAUGGCCGACAACUACGAGGACGACCACCUGAAGGUCUCCUCUCCAAGCUCAGAGCAGCCCAACAAUCACAAGCCCUCCCCAGACCAGAUUCUCUCUCCUCUCCUGGAUCUCAAUCAGAAUCGCAGUAAACUGAAGCUGUAUAUCAGUCACCUGACCUCACUGUGUCAGGAGCGAGACCCAAUCAUACUGCAGGACUUUGCCCCGCCCCCCGCCUAUCACCGCUCUGACUCCGCCUCCUGGCAAACGCAGCUGCACAGCAUGACGCAGGAACAGUUGGAGGCGGAGUUAGCGCUGUGUGAGAGGGAGGGGGCGGAGCUCCAGGAGUACGCCAAUCAGGUCCUGCAGCAGAUUGCCGACCGAUGCCCCGACAUUUUGGAACAAGUGGUCAACGCUCUGGAGGACAGCUGCUGACACACGAGUGCACACACACACUGACAGAAACAUAACGAAGCUUACAGUCAUUAGUUUGCACGCAAAGUCAGAAAGCACGCCAACACACAUGGGAGCAUCGGAGGUCUCCAGCAAGCCACCAUAACCUUCUGAUACAUGAGUAAAAUCACAGGAUGAAGACUUUCUCUGCCACUCUCAUUCAUACUGAAACAUAUUCUUCCACCAUGUCUUUAGUCGCUAUCAUUUCAAACUAACGGUGCCAUCUGAGGGAAAUAUUCUUCAUCUUUCAAAGUGCUUUGUUGGCAUGUUAAUUGGAAGUAGUUGAUGUUUUUGAGAUGUAUUUUCCUAACUGCUCGGAAACAGAAGGAGCCGUCACUGCACUCGCCAUCUGUGACACUUCACAGCGGCCAUCUUGUGUCCUCGCAGGCAAUCAGCAGACUUGUAAUCGUGACUUGCUGUAUUUUACCAAGGGAUGGAAAUUAUUUUCAAACUGUCUGAACAGGGUGAAAGUGAGUGGUGCUUGCCAGGUUUGUUUCUGAUGCCAGACUUACACGCUGUUACCACAUUGUUAUUUGAUUGGUUCAGAUACAAAAGUGUGUUUAUUUCAGCUGCCUUUGAUUCUUUACAUCAUUUGCUGCUAUCUUUUAAACUUUUUUCUCCAUUUCUUUUUUUUUUUUUUCUGAUGAAACGUCCCAACUUGUAGUUUGUUUCAGCAGUCGUCUCUGGACAGUUGUGUAUGUUGUAAAGAGAGAACAUUAGCUAACAGACACGCAGCUUUCGUCAGGGGAACACGACACUUUCAUCUGUUUUCUUUUUUCCCCUCAUUACUGAUGAAAGGCACAAUAAAUCUCGCAAUACUCCCUUUAUUAAAACACACCAGUGUAGAUGUUCUGUGUUUCUUUUGAACCUAACAUGUUCAGUUAUGGCGUCCAUGCUGACAUUAGGUUGUGUUCAGACAAUCCCCUUUCUUACCAUUUUGUGACAAUCCCUUUAGAGUUAACAUGGAGGAACCUGAACCCUUACUGAGACACCUUUUUUUCCUGGGGGAGGUAGGGAAUAUAAAAUGAUUGCUAUAUAUUUUUUUGCUUUUGGUAAUAUAUAUAUAUAAAACACUAAUCUUGUUUAAUUGAAAAUAUUGUCAUGUAUUGGUUGGUAUGUUACAUAAUGUGUCAAAUCUUUUUUUUUUUUUUUUUUUGUGAUUUGCAAGUAACCACAGAUUUGUUCCGUACGCAGGAGACUGUUAGCGGGAACGUGUAUUGCACCUACACAAGGCUCUGUGUCCACCGGGGGAACGUUUUCUCAGAAUUCUUGUUCUUGUUGUUUACAGUGGAAAUGACACUCUGAUGCAUGUUUCCCACAGCGCUGACAGCCUUAGCAUGAUUUCAACACUAACAGCACUGAGCACCAGAGGGUUGAAUUGUUUCAAUCAAAAGCUCCACUAACAGGUUUUUUAAAAACUCUUACACUGCGGUGAGUGCUGCAGCCGUGACUGGCCACAUGCAGCUGUCCAGCGCUGCUCCCUGAAAAGAAAAUACCUGGUGGAGACAAAGCCUAAAGAUGGGGGUUUACUCUGCACGCUCAGAUCUGAUUUUACACCUUCAGAAGGCACCUUUGAUGUGUAUUAAAAAAAAUCACAGGUGUAAAUCAUUCCAAAAUAUUUCACAUCUGUUUUAUGAGGAGAAAUGGAAGCGGGUUGAAUUUACUAAAUGCUCCAAUGAACACCAAGAGGCUCUUAUUUUGGAAUGAAGCUCCAUCAGAUCUGAGCUUGUGGUGUAAGUCCAAUAUUUUGUUGUCUGUUUUAUACUGAUUAUGUUGUGGAACGGCGAUGACUGGGAGUCACUGUGACUUGGAUUGAAAUCAGAAUGAGAGAAUGGAAUAAAAUAUUGAUUUAUCUUUA